GCAAAGUUCACUGUGGGCAACACAAGGCAUAGAUCCUGGGGCUCGAUCGGUCGAUCAGGCAAGAAAUUCUAGCUUGUAAGCGUCGAUCUGGUGGCGCCUUGAGGAUCACUGUAGAGGUCAUGACCGGCAUUUCCUUCCUCGAAGAUUUUAUAGGAAGCACAGCAUCGCUACCAGCGGAGCUCCAACAAAACUAUUCGCUUAUUCGGCAGCUCGAUGAGCAACAAAAUGAGCUUCAAAGACAAAUGCAUGGAUGCUGUGCUCACGGCCUGGAAGAUGUCAAGCAAGUUUUAAAAGCUGGAGGAGCCGCAGCGGAAGCUGUGGCGAACAAAUACGCAAGCAGCAUUGCCUCGGUGCACAAGACCUGUGUGGAUGUCGCAAACGAGAAAGUAGCACUCGCUCUUUCAACGUAUGACAUGGUCGACAAUUACAUCCAGCGGCUUGACAAGUAUCUCAAAAAGUACAAGGAAGACUGUGAGCAAGCAAAGGAUUUGCAAGGAGGAGACGAACAACAAGCGGAUGUUGGAGCUACAGGGGAGGACGAUAGACAAAAUCCCAGCACAGAUCUCGACAUACCUGUCGAUCCAAACGAGCCAACGUAUUGCCUCUGUAACCAAGUCUCAUACGGAGAGAUGAUCGCUUGUGACAACCCGGACUGUAAAAUCGAGUGGUUUCACUUUGAGUGCGCAGGAGUUCGCGAGCGGCCUAAAGGCAAGUGGUACUGCCCGGACUGCUCGCAAAUGAAGCGCCGCCGAGCCAGAUAGAUCACAGUCUGGAGGCUGUUUUCUAUAUUUUACAGCGCCACGAUUUCAUCAAUCAAAAGAUUGCACAACAAAAUCUUGACUUCAUUGCGUAUUUACAAAGGUCUGCUAGGAGUAUCAUCUAGUCCACUUUGGAACGCUUGUUGCUGAGAUGACUCUGCAUAAUCCUGGCCGUUUUCUAUGCCAGCCUUGGAUACCAAGCUCAGCAUUGAUGUUCGCAUCCAAGACUUCGUUUCGAGGCUCACUCUGGACGAGAAAGUGGACGCGAUGGUCAUUCCCCGGCUGGGAGUUCUUAGUUAUCACUGGUGUCAAGAAGCUCCCGGGAGUCCAGUUUGGCGGUCUUGCUCCGGCUGCUACAAAGGGCGGUGUCAUUCAACUGCACACUCUUCUACUUGAUUGGAGAGGGUGUCAAGUUCUAGAAAUCUUUGUCUAGCUAGGUGAAAUCUAUUUUUAUAAGUCGUUUGUGACCAA